AUGACUACUUCAGAUGAGCCAAAGGCCAAAAAGGCCAAGCUUGAUGAUGGCAUGAAUAUCGAAAAGUGGGCUCCAAAGUCGAUCACCGAGAUUAAAGAUAAGUUUUCAUUUAACUCCACAACUUACCACUCCCCGAUUCCUGAGAUAAUCGCUAAGAACCCAAGAGAGCCCAUCGUUCUCGGUGUGGAUGAAGCUGGAAGAGGUCCAGUUUUAGGGCCUAUGGUAUAUGGUAUCUCUUAUUGCACAGAAGAGUAUCACAGUCUGCUCAAGCUGAAGUAUGGCUUUGCUGACUCCAAGACGCUUAAAGACGCUAGACGUCAGGAACUCUUUGAGCUCAUAGAUGACGAAGAUCACGAACUUUACAAGAAUGUUGGAUGGGCAACGUGUACAAUGACUGCAAAGGAUAUCUCGAGUGGUAUGCUUCGAAGCGCAUUAGGGCAAGGUGCUUACAAUUUGAACGAUCAGGCUCACGACACUACUAUAGCACUUAUCUCAGAGGUGAUUAAAUCAGGCGUGAACGUCCGCAAGAUUUUUGUUGAUACUGUGGGCCCUCCAGCAUCGUACCAGGCAAAGCUUCAGAAAGUAUUUGGUGGAGCUGAUGUGACUGUCACCAAAAAGGCCGAUAGUAUCUUUCCCAUUGUCAGUACAGCUUCUGUUGUUGCCAAGGUAACAAGAGACUUGAACUUACAAUAUUUUAACAAACACAUUGAGCUGGUUAAAGGUCACGAGCUAGGGUCGGGUUACCCGUCUGAUCCCACGACAAGCCGGUGGCUCAAAGGAAACAUUGAUCCAGUUUUUGGCUGGCACCAUGGCCUUGUAAGGUUUCUGUGGCAGACAGCUAAAGAUGCGCUUGAGAAGGGCGGAGCCGUCAAAGUAAUCUACGAAGAAGAGUGUCUUAAGGAUAAGGGGUAUAAGGACGUCACUGGUAUGUUUGAGAAGCCAAAGGGAUUGAUAGAUCAGCUGUUCUAUGGAAGGCCCGCAUCACUAUAG